AGAACGUUUAUAUAGAUUGCUUCAUUUAUGAAACUAUUGGAUAUGAAAAAUCAUUUAUUCUUGCAACAAUUACAUACUUUCUUCUUCGAACCGGGAAGUGUGUAGUAUUUCUUCCCGAUUAUCGUGAAUUAGCUAAUAACCUAGAAAUUUCAUUAAGUUUGCCUUAUUACUCGCCUACGCUAAUAGUGAUAAAUUUAUGCCAGAGUUCGUCAGUGAACAACAAAACAGCGUUACAUCUUAUGCGAAAGCAGACUAACGAAAAAAAGAUCACACUUUAUAGAGGAUUUGAUGAGGAAGAGAUGACACAAUGGUGGAAGAAAAUGAUUCCAAUUUGCCAUCAAUGA